GGCGACAGGGGCGGGCCCGCGCCGCCUCACAGCGCUCGGGGCGGCGCCGGCGGGGCCCACGGCCAACCCAGGAGGGACUUCACGGACCUGUCAGCUUUUAAACUUUUUUCCCUUCCGGAAGCCAAGCUUCGGAACGCCGCGCUGCGUGCGGCUGAGUUUGACAUGAAUCUACAAACCAAUGAAGAAGUGAAAUGACAGAACACACCAGCUGUUAUGAUCUGUUUACUUCACAUCAGUGAUACACUUUGGGGUGUUGCAGAACAGGAAGAAGUAACAGGGCUGUUUUCCAUAGAUUGCAUCCUCCCUUGUCAUUUCCCUGGUCAUGAUGAAGUAAUUCACUGGAGCAAAGAGAACAAAAAAGUGCACAGUUAUUACCAGCAGAACGAUCAGGUGGAAGAACAAGAUCCACAUUACAGACUCAGAACACACCUUUUCCAGGAGGACAUCCCUAGUGGAAAUGCCUCCUUGAAACGUAUUAACCUGCCCAUGACUGAUGAGGGCUCUUAUACCUGCAGUGUGGGAACAGCACCAGGUCGAACAGAAGUGGAAGUGCUGCUACACAUAAGAGCUCCUUCUUCUUAUGCGCUGGAAUACCAAAAGACAAAGAAAGGACUGAAGUGCUAUGCCUUUCUCUCUUAUCCAGCACCAAAUAUAUCUUGGGGACAAGGCAAUAUAUCCAUCCAAGAGACAGACCAUGAGGAAACCGGGAAUGGAGUUCUCUGUUCUCUUAGAAGUGACAAGGACAUUAUAAAUGACAGAUACCACUGUCAUAUUCAUUUCCAUCAUAAAGUGUGGGCAGAUGAAUGGAAGAUGCAAGGUCAUCCAGAACUUGCUGAUGAGAUUCCUGCAAAGACUUUUUCUCCUUGACCCAAGGAAGAGCAGAAUUCUGCCUUCCAUGUGAGGCAAACUGAAUGGAAGAUAAACUUGAAUGGAACAGGAGACAAUCACAGCUCUGCAUUACCUUUGUUUGAAGUCAGCAUAAAGCACCCUGUUUGGGAAACCCUUCCGGCAAAUGCGGAUGCCUUCCAGGACACCAUUACAGCGGAGCUGAUGCAAGACAAGGAAUGCAUCCAUUUCGCCUGCAGGGGAAAAACAAGGCUAAA